GCGGUCGAACGAUUUCCGGUGAUUAUGCAUUCGAUGGCCGAGCUUGGCCGCGACCUCUUCCAGCGCAAGGCCGCUCCAAUUUCAACGCUCUCGAAGCUCGACGCGAUGAACCCUGCAGACGUGGACCUGAUCCGGGCGUUGGCCAACAAUGCAAGUCUCGUCGAGAGAUUUCGCCACCAAAUUGAGCUGUUUGCGCGCCUUCAGCGGCAGCCGGAAGACACACUGCGGCGCUUCAGUCUGAACGGCGACAACCGACUCGACUUUAAGGAGUUCCAGCCCGCGCUGAAGCGGCUUUUUGGGCACGAUAUUUCGCAUGCUCAGUCCCGCGACCUCUUCCUCGCGUUUUGCCCGACGUCGGCCAAGAAGCUCGACAUCGACACGUUUUGCCAGAUCAUGGGCCAUUGGAGCCAGCAACGCAGCGCGGCGGUCGUCGCGCCGUCGCCCGUCCCGAGCAUCAACCGGUCAAGGGGGCAAAUGGAUUCGCACGCGAACCUCCGGCGCGGUCUUGAGCUCGCGACGAUCAAUUACGACAAGCUCAGCGACAUGUUUCUGAAAAUGGAUGUCGGGUGCACGGGCUACUUGACGAAGGAAGAGUUUGAACUAGCGAUGGGCCACCUCGGCAUCUACUUUACGCUUCAAGAAUACGACCAGCUCUACGCGCAACUGCCCCUAACAGUGCUCGACACGCGCGGCUUGCUUUACAGCGGCUUUCUCGCACUGCUUGGAGUAAAAAUGUCGUCGCUUUUCCACAACCAAAAGAUAUGGGAGGCUGUCUUGGCCAUCACUGACGCCAUCAAGCUUCAGCUGGCGCAGUGGGCAAAGGACGGCCGAGACGCCUUGUCACCUGACGACCUUCGGUCUGUGCUCGGUGCGUGUGGCAUUACCUUGUCAAAUGCCGACUUUACGGGCCUUCGACUGCGCCUCCAACCGUUCACGAAUUCGGAUGGCGACAUCACGAUUGCUUCGUUGCACGCCGCGCUGCAUGACAAGACAGCAUCUGUGCUUCAUGGUGCAUCAUGCGCUCCAGCGCCAGGAUCACCCGCGAAACGCGGCAAGAAGAUGGCGUCGGAUGGGUCGUCCAGCGGGUCAGCUCUCGCCGCUGGAAAGACCACCGAGCAACGAAACGCCGAAGCCCAACACAGCCUCGUGCGCAUGCCCGACCAAAAGCAAAAGUCCGAGUUUGGCGCGACCUUUCUGCAGCUGCCCAUCAUCCAGACUGAGUCGCGACCGCCGGACAAUUGUCUCGAGGCACGUAUUCGGCAGAAGCUCGCAAAGCUUAAAGAGACGGGCCCAGCUCAUCUCGAGAGUGUCCGGAAUGUAUUUCCUGGGGAUCGCUUUGGUCGUCUCACGCGCGGCCAGUUGCGGCAGUCGCUGGCUCAGCUCGGCAUCGUCUCUCGGCACGCGGACGUAGAGGGACUCUUUUGGACACUGGACCCAACCGGUCGUGGCUACGUCGUUGUCGACGACUUUUACAAGCACUUGCAGCACGACGUUAAUGAAGAAGCCAGCGCGGGCGAAGAAAGUUAUGAUGUCAAGGCAAACGCUGACGAACGCAUGUAUCGCUUUGAAGAGCAGCGGUUCAUUGAUGCCCUUGAAGUCAAGGUUCCUAAUGUGCUGCGCGUAUGUCGGCGCAUCGAUUCUGCCCACACGGGCUCGCUGUCCAAAGCCGACUUUAUCUGGGCCAUGCAGGAGGCCGGGCUGCUCAUGUCCCAGAGUGAUGCGUCAACUGCCAUCUCAACCUUGUCGUCCCGGAAAGACGGCGUUGUCGCCUACGAAACGAUCGCUGCAACGCUGGAAGCUCUUCGCGCCAAGCGUCGCCGCCACGCCACGCAUCUCUCGAAUACGGCGCUGCUGUUGGAUCCACCCGCAACGCACGAGCCCCAAGCAGCCUCGGUUUACCACGACUACCCAGCUCGUCGGUCGAGCCUAUCGCUUAGCUACGACGAAAUCGAGCCACCGGUGCAAGAGAAGGAUAAGGACUUGACCUUUGCGCUGCAGCCCAACCCGACCAUGGACCCCAAGCUUGUCGAGGAGCGCCAGAUACGACAGGCCGCAGUGAAGCAACUCGGCCUCAUCAACAGCAUACUGGAGAAGCGCAGUGACCUCAAGCUGUGCUUUGACCUGUACCCGUACAAACCGUCCGUCGGAGGCUGCAUCGUUCUGAGCCUCGACGCGAUCGCCGAGAUCCUUACGUCGGCGCGCAUGGGCUUGGACAUCCCAACGCUGCCAGACGCGGUCGCUUUCGUGCGCAGCAUUGUUCCGGGUGGUGCCAAGGAGCUUAGCUUUGUGGAGCUCAUUCGGGGACUCAACCAAGCGCAGCACACGGGGUCGCCCACGGGCCUUUCAGGGGAGCCGAUCGAGACGUGGGACGCGUCUUGUGUUCAAAGCUCCAUUCGGCGAAAGCUUGCGCUCGAGAGCUCGCUACGCGACGUCGGCGUGCACAACUGGUCUCGCACUGGGAGCAUCAUCGUUCGGCACGCGUUCAAGGGUCUGGCGUCGCGCGAGAUGACGACGGGCGCUGCUCUCGGUGGCCAGUAUGACGCGACGUGCCGCAACGCAGACCUCAAGCAUGUUUGCUUUCGCCUCUCGCUUGAUCUCACCCCAUCGGAAGCUGGAUUCCUCCUGCGUCACAUGCACGCCGUCGAGCGUGGGUUCUUCUCGUCGUCGGACCUCUUCCAGUGCUUUAGUGCCGUCUUAUUCCCUCCACCGCAUCCGACGCCAGCAAUCGCGUAGAGCUACGUCGUCGUUGUAAGAGCGUUGCGAGAGCGCCAUCUAUUGCCUCAUAUGUGACCG